AAUUACGACAGUUGAAAUAUUCAUAAAAAAUUACAAUCGGUAAUAUUUUAAUAUGACUUUGGGAAUUUUGUUGCAUUUUUUCCUACUACAUUUAUUUCUCCUCAAUUUCGUGCCGGAAACCCUAAUUUCAACAAGACUGCAUUUCCUUGCGGCACUGCUGAUUAUUAUUAUUUUUUUGAAUUUUUAGGAAGUAUGAGUCGUGAUCGCUCCGGAAGGUCGAAUCUUCAAAGCAGUUAAUUCAAGAACUUGAUGCCAUACUAGCUGAAGCUCAGUAUCCAGAGUAUAAGCUCAAUCAGGGUUUUUGGGGUUUUUCUUUCUUGCUUUGGGUUAUUCAUAUUGAUGGAGGAGAGAGAGGAAACAAGUUCCGAAUUUGAGGGAGAGGAAGGUGCAGAGAGCUUCAGAAUUGAACCAAGAACUGGAAAUGCUAACCAAAUUGAUGGGCCGGCAAUGUUGGUCAAUCUACCGGCUGCGACUGCGCCACCGACGAGCAUAGCAGUGCCUGGCAUGAAAGUCUCGAAAAAGAGAGGGAGGCCGCGGAAGCAUGGUCACGAUGGAGUGGCAUUGUCGCCAAUGCCGAUUUCGGCUUCGAUUCCCUUGAAUGAUGGAGUUCCGGCAUGGGAAAGAGGCAAAGGGACAUCAGUGGACGCGAUACUGAAGAAGCAUAAGGUUGAGUAUGAAAGUCCAGCAAAGAGGGUUGCAUACUUUGUUGAUGCCAAUUUCACGCCUCAUGUGCUUGUUGUCAGCCCCGGUGAGGAUGUCAUGAUGAAGGUUAUGUCAUUCUCUCGACAAGGAUCUCGAGCUAUUUGUAUUCUCUCUGCAAACGGUACAAUUUCCAAUGUGUCACUUUGUCAGCCUACUUCUUGUGGGGGUACUUUAACAUACGAGGGUUGCUUCGAAAUUCUUUCCCUGUCUGGAUCAUUUGCGCCUAUCAUGAAUGGGGGAACAAUCAGCAGAUCUGGCGGGAUGAGCGUCUCUUUGUCAGGCCCGGAUGGUCGUGUUAUUGGGGGAGGGCUAGCUGGUCUAUUGGUGGCUGCUGGCCCUGUGCAGGUGAUAGUGGGAAGUUUCUUACCAGGUCAUCAGAUGGAACAGAAGCCAAAGAGGCAAAAACUUGAGCCCGUGUCGAAUGGAGUUGUUACUGUUUCCCACGCCACCUGUGAUGAAGAGCCAUUGGGUGCUUAUGGUGGAGUUAAGACAAUUGUUACAUCAUGGUCUUCCUUCGAUGAAGAGAAUAUUAAUCCUGUCAAUAACUUGAUGAGUUUUGCUGUUUGACAGUAAAAUAUCUUUUUUCUUAAUAAAAUGUCUUUCUCUACUAAAGAACCUACCGGCUUUAGUUAAUCGGAUUUGAGGAUUCUAAUCGCAUUGAUGUGUUGUAUCCGAUUCCUUGCAUCCCUAUGAAUAAAACUGCUCAGGAUUUUUCUUUUUCGGUCA